CGUAUAUAUCUUGGUGUUUAUGAUUAUACUCCAGAAGAUACAGAUGAAUUGGUUCACUUCACAAUAGAUGAUUCUCUACCUUAUAACUCAUUCAACCUGGAUUUUGGGCCUUUACACAUUGGUCAUCUUUAUAGAUUUGCUGUUGUCCUACAUAAUAUCUUGAAUGAAGAUUCAAAUCAAGGGAAAGCUAUUGUGUUUUACUCUUCCAGUGAAACAAGACAAAGAAGUAAUGCAGCUUGUUUAUUAGCUUGUUACAUGAUCUUGGUUCAAUCAUGGUCACCACAUCAAGUUUUACAACCUUUAUGUCAAGUUGACCCACCAUUUAUGGGGUUUAGAGAUGCUGGCUAUAGUCAUGCAGAUUUUGAAAUUACAAUCCAGGAUAUUGUCUAUGGUGUUUGGAGAGCUAAAGAAAGAGGUUUACUUGACUUAACAAAUUUCAAUUUAGAAGAAUAUGAACAAUAUGAAAGAGUUGAUCAAGGUGAUUUUAACGUGAUUUAUCAUAAUUUUAUUGCAUUUGCAUCUCCACAACAAUCACCAAAAUCAUCUACUUUAAAUCAACCAUUCAGAAAAGUUUUAGAUUAUUUCCAAAAAAAUGAUGUUCAAUUGGUUGUCCGUUUAAACUCUCAUUUAUAUAAUAAGAACGAAUUUGAAAAAAAAGGUAUUCAACAUAUUGAUAUGAUCUUUGAUGAUGGUACUUGCCCAACAAUGGAUAUUGUUAAGGACUUUAUUGGUGUUUCUGAAGGUAUCAUUAAGAACGGUGGUAAAAUUGCAGUUCAUUGUAAAGCUGGUUUGGGAAGAACCGGUUGUUUAAUUGGUGCUCAUUUGAUUUAUACUCACGGUUUCACUGCAAAUGAAUGUAUUGCUUAUAUGAGAAUGAUUAGACCUGGUAUGGUUGUUGGUCCUCAACAACAUUGGUUAUAUUUACAUCAAAAUCAAUUUAGAGAAUGGAAAUUCACAAUGGUUGUUGAUAACGUUCCAUUAGAAAGACUAAAUGGAUAUUCAACUUUAAUAAGUUAUGAAGAAUUUAAAAAAAGAAAAUCAAUUGAAAAAGCUUCACAUUCACCAUCAACUCCAGUUAGAAGAAAAAUUAGUAUUGGUACAACAAAUUUACAUAAAAGUGUUCAUAAAGCUGUUCCUAUUGAAUCUCCAGGUCAACCAAGAAAA